AUGGGGCUUCGUGUCUUUACGUCGCUUGUAGCGGCUUCGGCAGCCAAGCUGCUGGUACUAGUGGUGCUACUGAGCUGUACUGUAACUGGUUUCGUGUUUCAGCUAAAGUCGGGCGAAUCACGCUGCUUCUUCCAGGAGGUGCCGAGUGACACGGAUUUGCGCAUGGUAUACAAGUCGGAUGAUACCUACGGAGAUUUUCUCGACGUUGUACUCACCAACGCGGAAGGUCGUGCGCUCUACAUGGAGUACAGCAGGAGUAAUGGCGCCUUUGUGGGUCGCGUCACCAACGGUGGUGAGCACAUGCUGUGCUUUAGCUCACGUCAAGGAAUGCAGAGCGCGAAAAGUACUCGAAACGUUUUGCUAGUGAUGCAGCUAGGCGCGGAUGCGAAAGACUACGACACCAUGGCGACGAAGGAGAAGAUGCGACCGAUGGAGGUACAGAUGCGCAUGAUGGAAGACACGGUGCAGGAGGUUCACAACGAGUUUAUCUACUUCCGGGCCCGCGAGGCGGAGAUGCGUAACACAAACGAGCACAUGACAGCUAAGGUGAUGUGGAUGUCGAUUGGCCUCAUCAUUCUCUUUGGCAUCUUUUGGUACCUGCAGAUGCGUCACCUAAAGCGCUACUUCAAGAAGAAGCGCAUGAUCGAUUAG